UGCAGCUCCGAGACGAAUCAAACAAUCUGCUGCAGCUCCGAGACAAAUUAAACAAUCUGCUGCAGCUCCGAGACGAAUCAAACGAUCUGCUGCAGUUCCAAGACACAUUAAACAAUCUGCUGCAGCUCCGAGACAAAUCAAACAAUCUGCUGCAGCUCCAAGACACAUCAAACAAUCUGCUGCAGCUCUGAGACACAUCAAACAAUCUGCUGCAGCUCCAAGAUGAAUCAAAUGAUCUGCUGCAGCUUUGAGAAGCUUUAAUUGAAUCUUAUUCAGCGAAGUUUCAGGAGCAGGACCACACCUCAACUACUCCACGUCUGGCAUUCCUAUAAAUACCACCUAACCCUCUCCUCUUCUUCCUCUCUCAUAUUCUGUGCCCCCCCCCCCCCCCAACCCUAUUUCUCUCUUCUUGUUUCUUCCUGAUUCUUUCUCUCCUUCGUAGGGUCCUGGGGGGUCUGCUGUUGCCCGGGUGCUGCGGCGGAUUCCCCAUAAGCUUUCCCACAACACAGUCAGCAACCGGAAGAACUAUGCACAUCAAUCGUUUUCCUUAAUAAAUCACCCAAUCCCAUCUUGUUGAUGGUGUGGUCCUUGCUAGUGAAACAAUCUCCUGCAGCUCUGAGGCGCUUUAAACAAUCUGCUGCAGCUCCGAGACGCAUUAAACAAUCUGCUGCAGCUCCAAGACACAUUAAACAAUCUGCUGCAGCACCAAGACGCAUUAAACAAUCUGCUGCAGCUCCGAGACGCAUUAAACAAUCUGCUGCAGCACCAAGACGCAUUAAACAAUCUGCUGCAGCUCCAAGACGAAUCAAACAAUCUGCUGCAGCUCCAAGAUACAUUAAACAAUCUGCUGCAGCACUGAGACGCAUUAAACAAUCUGCUGCAGCUCCAAGAUGCAUUAAACAAUCUGCUGCAGCACCGAGACGCAUUAAACAAUCUGCUGCAGCACCGAGACGCAUUAAACAAUCUGCUGCAGCACUGGGACGUAUUAAACAAUCUGCUGCAGCUCCAAGACGCAUUAAACAAUCUGCUGCAGCACUGGGACGUAUUAAACAAUCUGCUGCAGCUCCAAGAUGCAUUAAACACUCUGCUGCAGCUCAAAGGCGCAUUAAAUAAUCUGCUGCAGCUACAACAUGGUUUAAACAGUCACCUGCAGCCUUGAGACGAUUUAAACAAUCUCCUGCAGCUCUGAGGCACUUUAAACAGUCUGCUACAGCUCCGAGAUGCAUUAAACAAUCUGCCGCAGCUCUGAGACAGUUUAAACAAUCUGCUUCAGCUCCGAGAUGCAAUGAGACGGUUUAAAGAAUCUCCUGCAACUUUGAGACGCAUUAAACAAACUUGAGGACAAGCCUGUUUCUUUCUGUCAGGAAUCCCUUUGAAAACAAUCCUCCCUCAUUCCAGCCGACAUUUGAUCCGUCAGCAGCUUCACCUGCGUUAAGAGCUGUCGGCUGCGAGGUCAAAAGUAGAUCGUUUAACAUUAUUAACACACCACACAAACACGCUUGUUGUAUUAUUUUAAUCUCCUAAAUGUGAACUGAAGGUUUAAUUUUACUCUGCCUCAUGUAUCAGCAACAAGUCAUCACAAAUACAUGCUGUUUGUGGCGUCACGCAGUGAGUGAGGACGCCCUGUUUGGUGAAUUACGUUAGCUAAAUGCCCCCCUCCCCUCCAGUUGCUCCUCUGACAGACAGACGAGCUGCUGUAACGCCACACCGAACGCCACGUGGCUCGCCAACCGUCAGAGGUCAGAGGUCAAACUGCUGCUGCUAAUGUCCCACCAGAGACCUGAGUACAGAAAUAUAUCUUGACAGCUGAGAGACACAAAGACCAGACACUGAACACACGGGGAGAGUUGCUGGUUUAAAUCCCAGCUGGAAGUGACUGCAGCUGCAACAUCACCAACAGCCGCUGUGACGAGUCUGGAGUCUGCAGGUGUGACCCCGGCUGGGACGGCGAGCGUUGUGACCGCUGCGUGCCGAUGCCCGGCUGCCUGCACGGGUCCUGCCAGCAGCCGUGGCAGUGCAGCUGUGAGGCCGGCUGGGGGGGUCGCUUCUGUGACAAAGACCUCCAUGUGUGCUCGGAGCAGCAGCCGUGUCAGAACGGAGCUACCUGUGUGAUGGAGGACAGCGGUGAAUACACCUGUCUCUGUCCUGAAGGUUUCCACGGCAGAAACUGCCAGCUGAAGACGGGACCCUGUCACCAGAGGAGGUCUCCGUGUAAAAACGGCGGUCUGUGUGAAGAUGCUGACGGCUUUGCGGCAGAGCUGUCGUGCCGCUGUCUGGCCGGCUUCACGGGGCCGCGCUGUGAGACCGACGUGGACGACUGUCUGAUGAAGCCGUGUGCUAACGGCGCCACCUGCCUGGACGCCGUCAACCGCUUCUCGUGCCUCUGUCCUGCCGGCUUCACCGGACGCUUCUGCACCGUCAACUUGGACGACUGCGCCAGUCGGCCGUGCCUCAACGCUGGCCGCUGCCUCGACCGCGCUGGCGGCUUCCACUGUGUCUGCCAGCCCGGCUACACCGGCGCCACCUGCGAGACGCCGAUGAGGAGCCACGACGCCCGUGAGCCCGGCUGGACGACGCUGGGGUGGGAGGGAGGAGGAGCGAGACAUCACCUGACCACCGGGGGGAAGAACCAAAGGAGCACCACCAGUGGUAACAGCAGUCGACAUGGCAACAGGCUGUUUAAGGUGACGGUGAGUGAGCGCAGCGCCACCGGCCUGUCGGAGGUUCAGCUCAUCACGCUGCUGGUGCUGGCGGGGAUGACGCUGGGCAUGGUGGUACUCACCGCCGCCCUCGUGCUACAGGGUCACUGCAGAGACUGUGGCCACGCCCCCUGCUGGAGGCCACUGGUGACAUCAUCGUCAUCAUCACAGCGGCAGCAAGCGCGGCAGGAUGGCGGCGAGCAGGAGUGUCAGAUCAGCUUCCUGAACGCAGCAGAACCAGAGAAGAAGAAACUGAACAGUGAGGUCAUUUAGACUGACGGGUAUCAGAGCAAUCAGACAGAGAGAAAGAGGGCGGUCUGGUUCGACCCCGCCCCCCUGUGUGAGCGCUGCGGGGUCAGAGUUCAGAGGUCAGAGGUCAGAGGUCAGCGCUGACAGCUUCCUGCCUUCAGGUUCAGGUCUGAACUGGUUCCAGUUCAACAGCAGCUGCUUCGAUUGUCCCUGUUCAAACCUGGUGGUAAUAUGCUAAUUAGCUGUGACCUCAUCACAUCUCCUCUUAAAGCGACAGUAACAAACAGCUGGUGAACGUGAGCUGCUUCAUUUCCUACAAACGCUGCAGACAUCAGAUCUGCUUUUCUUUUAUAAACACAGAAUGAGACCACAGAUGGACAGAAGUCUUUGCACACUAUUAAUCAUUUAAAUCAGAUUUUAUGAACAACUGAACAACAUACAGUAUAUAUACAGAUUAUGUAUUAUAUUCUCUUAAUAAAUCCAUGGCUGUGGAGCA